CACAUACACACACCCGGCUAUUCUUGGCAGCUCUAGGUACUCCUGAGACAGCUUUUAGCUUCUUUGCUAUCUCCUGGUUCUAUAGCCAACCCCCUCGCCAGGCACUAGCUCCCUUUCCAUGUCUCUAAGGGGGCUCCAAGCCAUUCACCUCGCCUCCAGAAACCUUAAGGCCGUGGACAACUCUUGUUGUUUGUGUUGGUCCUUCUAGAAGCCCUCUGCCCUUUCCAGACUCAGCCUCCUUCCAGCUUCUGUGGUCCUAGUCCCACCCCUCUGGAAGCCUCAGUGUCCAAUCCAGCCCUGCAAAGGGGUUUCAGGCCCUUGUUCUUUUCCCAAUAACUUCCUGAGAGGGUGACAACUCCUCCUGGGUCUGCUGGUCCCUCUAUACUGUCCCUGUCUUGGUGGCCCAGGAUCUCACCAAACCCACCCUCCCCAAUAUCCUGGAGACAGCCACAUUCUCUUAAAUUCCCCUUCAAAUCUGCGGGCCUGGGGAGCAGCAGGAUGGCGGCAGGUGUGGCCACAUGGCUACCUUUUGCCCGGGCUGCCGCGGUGGGCUGGCUUCCCCUGGCUCAGCAACCACUACCCCCGGCGCCCGGAGUGAAAACAUCUCGAGGAGAUGAAGUUCUGGUGGUGAACGUGAGUGGCAGGCGCUUUGAGACCUGGAAGAACACACUGGACCGCUACCCGGACACUUUGUUGGGCAGCUCGGAGAAGGAGUUCUUCUAUGAUGCCGACUCGGGCGAGUACUUCUUUGAUCGGGACCCAGAUAUGUUCCGGCACGUGCUCAACUUCUACCGCACUGGUCGGCUGCACUGCCCCCGCCAGGAGUGCAUCCAGGCCUUUGACGAAGAACUAGCCUUCUAUGGCCUGGUCCCUGAGCUCGUUGGCGACUGCUGCCUUGAAGAGUACCGGGACCGCAAGAAGGAGAAUGCUGAGCGCCUGGCGGAGGAUGAGGAGGCUGAACAGACGGGGGAUGGCCCAGCACUACCGGCUGGCAGCUCAGUGAGGCAGCGGCUCUGGCGGGCCUUCGAGAACCCGCACACAAGCACUGCAGCCCUCGUUUUCUACUACGUGACAGGAUUUUUCAUCGCAGUGUCAGUCAUUGCCAACGUGGUGGAGACCAUCCCGUGCAGGGGUCCCGCACGGCGGACCCCAAGGGAGCAGCCGUGCGGUGAGCGUUUCCCGCUGGCCUUUUUCUGCAUGGACACGGCCUGUGUGCUCAUCUUUACCGGAGAAUACCUCUUGCGGCUGUUUGCGGCACCCAGCCGCUGCCGCUUCCUGCGGAGUGUCAUGAGCCUCAUCGACGUAGUGGCCAUCCUACCCUACUACAUUGGGCUCUUAGUACCCAAGAAUGAGGAUGUGUCGGGCGCCUUUGUCACUCUACGUGUGUUUCGGGUGUUCCGCAUCUUCAAGUUCUCCAGGCAUUCCCAGGGCUUGCGGAUUCUGGGCUACACCCUCAAGAGCUGUGCCUCUGAGCUGGGCUUCCUCCUCUUUUCCCUUACCAUGGCCAUCAUCAUCUUUGCCACCGUCAUGUUCUACGCUGAGAAGGGGACGAGCAAGACCAACUUUACAAGCAUCCCUGCGGCCUUCUGGUAUACUAUCGUCACCAUGACCACACUUGGCUAUGGAGACAUGGUGCCCAGCACUAUCGCUGGCAAGAUUUUUGGGUCCAUCUGCUCACUGAGUGGUGUCUUGGUCAUUGCCCUGCCUGUGCCAGUCAUUGUGUCCAACUUCAGCCGCAUCUACCACCAGAACCAGCGUGCUGACAAACGCCGAGCACAGCAGAAGGUGCGCUUGGCAAGGAUCCGGUUGGCAAAGAGUGGUACCACCAAUGCCUUCCUGCAGUACAAACAGAAUGGGGGCCUUGAGGACAACGGCAGUGGGGAAGAACAGGCGCUGUGCGUCCGGAAUCGUUCUGCUUUUGAGCAGCAACAUCACCAUUUGCUGCAUUGCCUAGAGAAGACGACGUGCCAUGAAUUCACAGAUGAGCUAACCUUCAGUGAGGCCCUGGGAGCUGUCUCUCUUGGGGGCCGUACCAGCCGCAGCACCUCCGUAUCCUCCCAGCCAGUGGGGCCCAGCAGCCUGCUGUCUUCCUGUUGCCCCCGCCGUGCUAAGCGGCGGGCCAUCCGCCUGGCCAACUCCACUGCCUCGGUCAGUCGGGGCAGCAUGCAGGAGCUUGAUACACUGGCCGGGCUGCGGAGAAGCCCUGGUCCUCAGAGCCGCUCAAGCCUCAAUGCCAAGCCCCACGACAGCCUUGACCUGAACUGCGACAGCCAGGACUUUGUGGCUGCCAUUAUCAGUAUCCCUACACCUCCUGCCAACAGCCCUGAUGAGAGUCAACCUUCUUCCCCUGGCGGUGGGGGCAGGGCCAGCAGCACCUUCAGGAACUCCAGUUUGGGGACCCCUUGCCUCCUGCCUGAGCCCAUCAAGAUCUCUUCCCUGUGAAGGGUGGGCCUUCCCGCUUACAGGGCCCCACUUUGUUACUGGGGACCCAUUUCCAAAGCCAUAUUUUGGGGAGGCAGGCAGGGGAAGGCCUGGGAACCCCUUCUGCCCCCUGCUGAGAACUAUGCAAUGUACUUUCACCGAAUGAGUCACCUUGAUGGGGGAGGGGAAUUGGAUGGGGCGAAGUAGUACUAGGGGAUGGGAAGCUUCUUCCCCUGUAGGUAGUUUUCCCCAUGGGAGCUGAAACACUGAGCUUUUGCAGGCUCUGGCACACUGGGAUUGGCCCUUCUCCACCAGCUGUCCUCCUGCAUGUUCUUCCCUUCUGGUCCUUGGAGGAUGCUAGAGCUUCCAUCUGACAGCUGAGAUGUGUGCUUCUCUCUUCCUGGGCUGUAGAGGCUUGGGAGUAGGGAGAAAGAUACAGGGAAAAAAAAAAACAAAA